AUGAACAACUUGAAGCAUCUCAUCUUUAAAUUGCUUGCACAACAAGAGAGCAAUGAUCUAGAUGAUGAGGAGCAUCAGCAGGAUCAAGCUCGUAUCCUUGAAAUGGAGAGGCUCAUAACGUUCAUGAAGAACUAUGAUCUCCACAUCGCAGCAUUCAUGACUGAACAACCUAUGUUGGAUAAUUCAAUAGAUAACACUCCAAUCACUGCAGCACUCACCGUACCAACCACCGCACCACCCAUUGCACAACCUCUUGGACUAGUCACUGCUCCUAGACCAGUCAACACUCCCACCCAGUCUUGGCCAUAA